GUGAAAGUGUUUAUUAUUGUGUGUCAAUUAAAGGCAAAUUUGGGUGGUAAAUUAUCCCGUUGAGUUUUUGAGAAGAACGCUACAGUGUCAAGGUUUUAUGGUUUUGUAUCCGUUUGUUAGCCUGAAGCACUUUGUGUGACUGUUAACAUCUUACCCUUUGUCGACUACUGAUGCUAGCUCAAACCAGCCUCCAACUAGUAAAAGAAUUAAAACGCUCCCAACAAAGCAAAUUACCUCCUUAUGGUGAAGAUAAAAUCCGAAUUUGUUUGGAAGAAAUGCGAGUACUAUAUGAUGCAAAUCAUCGUGAUGUAGCCCUUGUAUCUAACUCGUCGUCUGGGCCAUCAUCAUCAUUAUAUGAAACAGAUGAUCAUAGUAAUAAAAUUCAAUCUGUUUUAGUCAGACAUGCUAUCUUGGAACGUAAUAAACGUUGUCUUCUUGCCUAUCACCAUGCUAGAUUAAUGCGGAUCAAAGAACUACGGUGGGAAUAUGGUAUCAUUUUACCUAAAGGUAAUAGUGAUUUCGUUAUACUACGCUGUAAUUUUUGUAACUUAUCACUUUGAAGUAGUUUUUUGUACACAAAAUGUCAUAAGUUCAUACUUGUUAGUACCUCUGCACAUAACUCUUUCUAAUACAGAAAUGAAACAACAGAAGUAUCCCUUUAGACCUAAAGCUACUAUAACGUUAUGAUUUAAUUUGGAUAAUUGAUAAUAUAACUGCUGGAACCGGAUGUGUGUACGGAUUCCGUUAGUGUAUUUUCUGCAGUCCCAAAGCUAGUCAGUAUUAUCAGGGUUCAUGUAGUAAACAAUUCCUGGUCCAUCGUCAUGCUUAGUAUACACUGGAACUCUGUAACGAAGUACGAAUCUAUGUACUCGCUUUUGGAUUACAAUUUGUGAGACUGGAAAGCAUACAUACUUCCUGACUUCCCAAAUCUACGUGAGACAUUUAAAACCUGAAAUUUGUUAGGAUGUAUUAUACUAGCAGUUUAAUCAUUGAGUUAAAAUCGCAACAAUAUCUGAGUAUUUAAACCAUUGGAAUUUGACGGAACGUAAGUUAUAUUUGAAAUCAACAAUUCCCUACCGGAAAGAAACCUCUAUCCCACCAACGAAAAAAAGUUCCUGUCCAGUUCUAUUUACAUUGAUGUGAGAUUCAGUAACAACGCAUCAGUAAUAUGUAAAUAAAGUCGUUUGAAUGACUGCAGUUUUCUAUUUAAUAAACUACCGGUCUGGAUAAUGCACUUUUUCCUCAAAGCAAGAAAUAUUUUAAACUCAUCAUUCUCAGUCAAAAUACAUGAAGUGAGCUGACAAAAUAUUGAUUAGUCAUGUACAUUAAGAUGUUGUACGGUUGAUUAAUAACAGCUCAACUUGUACAGAGAGUUUUCUUUUCAGAAAUUUAAAACAAUUAGUUCAUUUGAUAAGUUUCGAGAAGGCAAAGAGAAAACGAAGGUUAUGAGGAUUAUGUGAUAUAUUUGCACAAUACAUUUCGAACAAUCUGAUCACACAUACUUGCUAAGACAUUCUUAUAUGAAAACUAUAAGGUCAACUAGACAGAUUAAUGAUAAGCCGUAACAAAGAAAAAUAAAGUACACAAAAACGAUGUGAUAACCACGCUGGAUAAUAAAUCAGUAUUACUAGGGUAGGUUAAGGGUAAGAACAAAUUGUUUUUUUGGAAGACAUGAAGGGGAUUUCAGUUUCCGUAUAGCAAAGGCUUCAAUGAACCUUAGUAUACGUCCUUGAAGGCACAUUGAUAGGAUUGGACGUAAGUGGGUAUUAGACCUAUGAAUUUUUAGUUAUCCAUAUAAACUGGGGUACACCAAACUUAUAGGUCUUAAUAAAUUAAACUCAUCUUUAUUAAUAGAAUUCAUGUUUGACAAUUUAACAUCUAGUCCCAUCAAUAUGUCGGUCACGUACGCACAACCUUACAAAAUGGUUUAUAGAAGUAUUAAACGCUAUCCGAAAUCAAUUUCGUAAGUAUUAUUUGAUUGACUAAUGUGGAUUAAUUAAGUACUUAAUGGAUAUGGAUGUAAAAACAAAGACAAUGAGCUCCUUUAAUGUGAACAUUUUAUUUACAAAUGUACCUCUUAGAAAAACUAUUGAUAUUUUGUGUGACUAUAUCUCAUUGAAUAACCUUCCAUUGCCAUUUCCUGUGAACUCUUAAACAUUCACAAUUAUUGUGAACUGAUAAUGUGAAAUUCACUUUUGAGGGUGAGCACUUUCGACAAAUCGAUGGCGUAGCUAUGGGUAGCCCUUUGAGGUGGUUUCUGGCUGAUGUAUUUAUGAGAUGUGUUGAAAAUCUAGCUGAAGACUCAAUUCAAAAGGUGUGUCUGUAUAAAAGGUACGUUGAUGACAUCAUAAUCAUAGGGGAUAAAUAUGAACCGUUUGUACAAAAGCCUUCAAGGACGUAUACCAAGGUUUAUUGAAACCUUGACUAUACGGAAACUGAAAUCCCCUUCAUGUCUUCCAAAAAAACAAUUUGUUCUUACCCUUAACCUACCCUAGUAAUACUGAUUUAUUAUCCAGCGUGGUUAUCACAUCGUUUUUGUGUACUUUAUUUUUCUUUGUUACGGCUUAUCAUUAAUCUGUCUAGUUGACCUUAUAGUUUUCAUAUAAGAAUGUCUUAGCAAGUAUGUGUGAUCAGAUUGUUCGAAAUAUAUUGUGCAAAUAUAUCACAUAAUCCUCAUAACCUUUGUCUUCUCAUUGCAUUUUCGAAAUGGCUCAAACUCCAGUCAACUCUAAUUCUAGCUAUAACACUACGUUGCUCGAGACAGUGGUUAGUUGAGACGCAUUUUAGGAAUAUUGGACUUCCACUUUAUCUAAGAGACCCGUCCAAUAUUCAUGUUAGUCUCAAGGUAGGUUUGUCAUAAUUCUAUUUAUUCACCUCUAAGUUUUGAAUAGUGGACAUUUGAUCUGGACAAUCAAAAUCCUUUACAUAUAAACAUUAUCCUUGAUUUCCUUCAUCAAUAUGUACAAUACAUCUUUUAAACUUAGAUAUCCGUGAUAAUUUAUCGGAAGCGGAACAAGCAUGGUUUAAACACUAUUGUAGUUGUUUGGCAAACUUCAUGCAGGCUGAUGGAUCGGAACGUGGAGGCGGUGGAAUGCUAGAUUUAACACAAUAUCGUACACCACCAAAAUCAUUAUUUCUAGAAGUCCGUUGUCUUCAAGAUUUUGGCGAAUUCGAAACAGAGGAUGGCAGUAUUUUACAUUUAACAAAAGAUUGUACAAUCUCUCUCCCUUCCUGUUCAUAAUAUUGUCAUUUAAUUUGUGUGGAGCAUACCUUUCCAGCUACCUACCAUACUAAACCUUUCAGGUCAAGAAGAAAAUGCGACGAACUACUGGGUCAGGUCCACACUUUCCUAUUUUAUCAAUUUACGAAACAGCAUCAUCUUCAUGCAUUACAUGUGCCUAACCACUGUAUACCUCAGGAGGCGAUGAUAUAUGGUGGAUGAGUAGGCUAUCAGAAAACUAGAAUAACCCAAAUCAGAACGUGCCAUUAAUCCAUGGAGUCAUUGACAGCUGAAAUAAGUUAAUGUAAGGUGCAGAUCAAUCAGUCAGGAUCCAUACGAUGAUCGGAACUAGUGAUUGACUGUCCGAUGACAUGGCACAAAUGUAUUCACUCUCAUAAGAAGAAGUUUUUCUCUGAAA